AUGCAUUUGUGCCCUUCUUCUUCACAUCUUCUUUCCGGUCGCAUGAAUCCACUCGCACAAAACGAAGACGUCACCGAAAUAAUAGACCCUCUUCACGUGCACAAUGUAUCAAAUUCACAAGAAGCUGGUUCUAACAAAGAGGUGAUUGAGUCGAGUUGUCAGGCCGAUUCAUUUUAUCUUAGCACGGCUACUGGGCACGACCUUGCCUGCUACAGCAAUGCCCAAGAAUUUUUGUGUGCACAUUGCCACCUGAAUUUCUCUAGUCUGCAAAUGCUUCUCGAUCAUAUCAAUAUAGCUCCGAAAGAGCCAGGAAAGCCCAAUAAUUUAGAUUGUACUGUCAAACAUAGCGACUGCCCUAAUAUCCAACCAGUUUCAACCGACCGACAACCCGUCUGCAAUCUCACGGGUUUGUCCAAGCAACAUGCUUCAAGGUCCGUGAAUACAUCAAAUACUUCAGCUGAGCAGCGUUACAUCGUCACUUAUGAGGCGCCUAAUGACCAUUUUCUAGUAGCCGAAACUGAUGCUACUCCCUUUCAAAUAAAUCACCUUGGUACGUCUCUUCACUCAGCCCUACUUAGUACUGUCACAAAUAUUCCCUCUUCAAUUGUCUCAGAUCAGCCGUCAUCCGUCGAGAUAACUCAUUUACCUUCAAGCGACAUCGAGACGCGCCCUAGUGUUGCAUCCGCCGACGUAUUCGACCCACCAGCUCAAGGAUCAGAAUUCUGUCUUCUCUCUUACACCGUAGAGGACCAUGAGACUGGACAUUCUAGUAGACAGACUUCAGACCCCGCCAAUGUCUCAGGUUACUCAGAUGAGACCACUAGGCUCGUCUAUUUCGGAGGGGAACAAGAGUCAUUGCCGAUCAAUAAGCAUUUGGUUUCAGGGUCAGAAGAUCCUAGCAUUAAUAUUAUAUACUAUCAUUCGCUCAACAGGGAUGUUUCGCUUGAGUCUGUACCAGCUCCAGCCAUAGAUGACGAAUCAACUUCCGAUGUUUUCCAACUUAUUUCGGGCACAGGUUCCGAGCAGAUCUCUGCAGCUCUAGCCAGAGGCCAUAUUUUUGAGUCUUCAGAGAUCAAUAAACUUUCACCUUCAGGCCUGUCUCGGUCACGAGUUGACAUAGAUUACAUGGAAGUUGAAGAAUUACUUAACCAACAUGGCGUCAAGGGAUCCUUUUGUUCUUCAGACUCGCAAGCCCUUCUAGAUAAGAGUGAUUCAUUUUCUGAUAACCAAUUUUCUUUAUCUGAUAGCCACUCACCAGAUCCACAAAACACAGGAAACUCAAGCGCCUCGUCGUUUCCCCCCGUAAAGUCGCGGGGAAAUGUUUUCGGUCGGCGUAGAUAUGUUCCAAUAAAUGCAUGUGAUGAUCCUGAUAAAGAAGCGCUCAUCACCAAGGUCUCCAAUGCUCUAGUAACUACACUAUUUCACUGUCGUCGAUGCCGUCAAAAGUUCCCUUCACGUUCUCUGCUUACUAACCACAAGUGUCAGCUGGUACAAACAGGUGACACAAAUCAAUGCGUGAUGUGCAAUAGGAACUUUCCCACGGCUUGGCAGCUGCGGCGUCAUAUCCUCACGCAUACAAAAAGUCGGACACUUCAAUGCAGCUUGUGUGAUGCUCGGUUCGCUCAGAGUGCAACUUUAGCACGACAUAUGAUUACACACUUGAAGUCGCGUUCUCACAAAUGUGCUGACUGUGGUCUUUUAUUUUCACAAAAAGCAAUGCUAGUUCGCCAUAGUAACCGUAUGCAUUGUGCAACUCAGUCAAAAAGCCCAAAAUGA